AUGUCCCUGUGGAAGGCACCAGAGGUCAAUGAACGUACAGUUGCCGUCCUAGGAGCUGGCGUUCUUGGACGUCGCAUUGCAUGUUCCUGGGUGGCUGGUGGAUACAACACCAUAAUCAGGGAUCCCAGCGCUGAACAGAGAAAGGCUGCCCUACAUUUCCUCGACAACAAUGUCGCAGAAUUCGCAAGGAUUCUUGGGGUGUCUUCUGUAAGACCGGGCACAUACAGUGCAGUCGAAGACCUCAGCUCCGCUGUUGCCAAUGCAUGGUUUGUAGUUGAGGCAGUGCCAGAAAAGCUUGACCUGAAAAUUUCGAUAUUUAAGGACCUUGCAGAGCAAGCGCCCAGGGACUGCAUAUUGGGUUCCAACUCAUCCUCAUACAAAUCAAGCAUGAUGCUGGACCAGAUGGAUGAUGAAAGCAAGGGACGGGUUUUAAACGUCCACUACACCAUGCCUGCAGCAACAAGGACGGUGGAAUUGAUGACGAGCACUUAUACACACGAAGCAAUUUUCCCAUUUCUUGUUGAGCAGCACAAACGGAUCGGAUUAUUACCAGCAGUGGCACGCAAAGAAUCGACUGGGUUUAUUUUCAACCGUCUCUGGGCCGCGAUCAAGCGUGAGGCAUUGAAGAUUAUUGCCCAGGGGGUCAGUGACCCAGAGGAAAUCGACACUUUGUGGGCCGAGAUGUUUGGAAAGGAAAAGCCAGGCCCAUGCGCACUGAUGGAUUCAGUUGGCCUUGACACUGUCGCAUUUAUCGAGGACAACUAUAUCCAAGAGCGUCACCUCGAUGGUGCUGAUACCGUUGACUUCCUUCGAAAGAAUUACAUCCAGCAGGGGAAGUUAGGUGCCAAGUCUGGCAAAGGUGGCCUCUAUCCCCCUGGAUACACCACCAAGAUCCAACGCCAGGGCGAAACCAAACCGGAUAAUCUGGCUGCCCCCACUCUCUACCUAUUAGAUAUAGGGUUUGGUGAGGGGAUCACUGCGGAUUUUCUCCACGCUGGCAGACUUAUUGUCGCCUCAGCCGAUGGCUCCUAUUCGCGGACGCUCUUGCACCAUCUCGAAAUGCCAGAUGGAGUUGAUAUUAGCCUCUCCUGUGGCCGCAUAUUCUGGUCACAGAUGGGGGAGCCAUCAAAGAACAACGGGUCCAUUCAAUCCGCAAACAUUGAUGGAUCAGAUAUCAAGGAGAUCAUUUCAAGGGAUCAGGUUCAUACCCCCAAGCAACUUGCAAUCGACCACCAGAAUGCAAAGAUUUAUUUUUGUGAUCGGGAGGGAAUGCGAGUGCAUCGAGCCAAUUUCGACGGCAGUGAGCACGAGGUGGUCGUCGAAACAGGUGAUUUUAAUAAUCAAGAACAAAAGGAGGACGAAACAAGAUGGUGCGUUGGAGUCUGCGUGGAUGCCAACCGGGGCAAGUUCUACUGGACUCAAAAAGGGCCUAGCAAGUCUGGCAAAGGUCGCAUCUUUCGUGCCAAUAUUGAUAUGCCCCCCGGUGAAACCGUGUCGAAUCGUUCCGACAUCGAACUGCUCUUUGAGCAUCUACCCGAGCCUAUCGAUCUGGAGAUAGACUCUAACGAAGACAUGCUCUACUGGACCGAUAGAGGGGAAUAUCCUCAGGGGAACUCGCUCAACCGGGCCUUUGUCGGUUCCCCGGGCCCAAAGCAGGCGACGAUUCUUAGCCGUCAUCUUCACGAGGCAAUUGGUCUUCGAAUUGAUCACGUCAACAAGCAUAUAUACUAUACCGACCUUGGAGGAUCAGUGUAUCGGUCCGAUCUAACUGGAGCUAACAAGAGAACGCUGUGUAAUGUUGGUGCUACCUUUACAGGCAUUGCACUGGCCCAUGUGGGAUAA